ACAAAAUAAGCAGGAGAAUAGUAGACUAAAAUUAUUAAUAUUUUUUUAACACAUCGGCAUAUUUUGCAGCAAUUUGCUGCAUAAAUAACCAUUGAAAUCGGUAGUUAUGAUUUAACGAAAGCUUAUUUACAACUUUUAGUAAUUCUACUCAUUAAAUGAAAAAUUGCGUUAAUCGAUAAGAUAUCGAUAUGUUGGCCACGGUGCUGCACUUAGUCCAUCGCUAAUAAUAAUCAAUAAACAGAGCAAUUUUGGGUAGCAAAAUACCAAUUUUUGUAUGAAAAAAACUGUAUACAAAGAGUGUUUGAUAAAGAGACGGUGAGUAAAAUAUGUCCAACGAAAAAGUGGACGACUGUGACAAAAAUCAGAAAGUAGAACACACAAAACAGACAACAAACAGUGUGUCACACGAUGAUGACUCGGAAUCGGAUGAAUAUCAAUCGGCGGGCGAGGGUGACGACGAUGACGAUACAACAACAGCAACAGCAACAACAGCUACAUCAACAGCCGCAUCUGUCCCCAUCAUACCUUCCCCACUAUCAGAUGAUUGUGUCGAGUUUCCAAUGCAUCGCAGCGUUUUCGAGAACGACAUACGAACACUGCAACGUCGCCUGCUUCUGAACACUGCCGCAAAGGAAGUGGCCGAAAAAGAUAAACAUGGCAAUACGCCCCUGCAUCUGGCCGUUAUGCUGGGGCGCACCUGCUGUGUCCGCCUGCUGCUCGCCAACAAUGCGCCCGUCAAAGUGAAGAACAACGAGGGCUGGUCACCGCUGGCCGAGGCCAUCAGUUAUGGCCAUCGCCAGACCAUCACGCAGCUGCUGCGCAUGCUGAAAUUGCAGUCGCGUGAGCACAUGGAGAGCCGACGUGAACGUCUCGUGGAGGCACUGCGUCAGAUGCAGGACUUUUACAUGGAGUUCAAGUGGGACUUUCAGUCGUGGCUGCCGCUCGUCUCUCGUAUUUUGCCCUCGGACAUUUGCCGUCUGUACAAGUGCGGCGCCUCCCUGCGCCUGGACACAACGUUGGUGGACUUCAAUGACAUGCGCUGGGAUCGUGGCGAUAUAUCGUUUCUAUUUCGUGGCGAGGCGGCGCCAAAUGAGUCCCUAGUGCUGCUAGAUAACGAGCAGCAAUGUUAUCAGCGACUGCGCUAUGAGGAGUCCGACAUGGAGGACGAGGUUGAUGUGCUGAUGUCCACUGACAUUUUGGCCACCCAAAUGUCCACGAAAACCAUACAAUUCGCACGAGCUCAGCGUGGCUGGCUGUUCAGGGCCAAUCGCAAGGAAUUGAUAGGCGGGCAAUAUCAAUGCGAGAUCUAUACCAUUCAGGGUCUGGUGCUGAAGCAGCGCAAGCGACGUGAGCACUUGUCGCAUGAGGAUUUGCAAAAGAAUCGCGCCAUCGUUGAGACAAUCACCAAAGGCGGCAACCAUACGGAUUCGAAUGCGGCCACAACUCCCAAUGGCAGCAAUCUAACAUUGCCAGAGCUGCCGCGUCGCAGCUCGCUGCCACCGCCGCCUACCACGACGGUCACCUGGUCGCAGUAUAUUGAAGCGCCCGUGGGCAAAUGCCCACAGCUGGGCCGUGCGCCGGUUAACAAGCAAUCAAACAAAACGCUGCGGGCAACGGUUGCGAUGAGCACAGAUUUUCCGCUUAGUGUGGACAUGCUGCUGGACGUACUGGAGGUGGUGGCACCGCUCAAGCAUAUCAACAAGCUGCGCGAGUUUGUCACACUCAAGCUGCCCACGGGUUUCCCCGUUAAGAUUGAGAUACCCGUGCUCCAUACGGUCACCGCCAAGGUGACCUUUCAGAAGUUUGAGUUUCGCGACAAUAUACCCGCUAAGCUAUUCGAGAUACCCGCACAUUAUUGGGAGGAUGUGCGGCGCUUUCAGGACUUAUGACCUAGCGAUGAAUCAUCGUCAUCCUCAUCAGCUGCCAAUACGCCAAGCGCCGUCAAGCAGAUCGAUUUGAAUCGCAACAGCAGUAGAAACAGAUGCGAGGACUCCAGUCGUACGCCGAUUUCCGAUUUUGAUUAAAGCUGCUCCUGUUGCUACUACUGCUGCUGCUGCUUCUGCUGGGCCAGGCCGAUCCAAUCCACAAUUAGCAUCAAUCACCACCUAGUGCACCUUUAACCAUUCGCGAUCCCUGCUCCCACUAGUUGAUGAUGUAUGUCACAAGAAAAUUGCAAUUUUUACCAUAAAUUAUCAAUCAGUUAAAUUAUCGAAGUGUCCCGAAUUUGUAGAAGUUGUCUUUGUUUUUGUCAAUUAAAAUGUGACGCUAUGAAAAUUGCAAUUUCAGACUAGCAAAUAGAAACUAGAAACUGGAAACUUGGCAAUGAAUUUGAUAUGGAGCUGUGGCUCAUGUUAAACCCAACUCCCCGCCUAUCCAUUCAGAGUUUAUUAAAUGGAAUUCAAUGUUAGUGUAACAGAUCCAUGAAGCUAUAGAGAAUUCUGUUUAGAUAUAGUGUAUUAUCAGAGUCUAUGUCUAUGUCUGUAUGUAUAUAUAGCAUAUACAAUGUAAAAGUACAUUCAAUAUGCAUACGUCAUUUAAUAAUGUACAAGUAUUUAUUGUUGCACUUUACUUAAACAUUCUACAUUCUUUUAUCAUCCGCUUUACAGCAAAUCGCUUUGUUAUCAUUGAUAAUGAGUCAGGCUAAAAAUAAGAUUACGCAGACUGGUGAUUCGCCAGCUAAAGAGCUGAAAAUUGAUAAAAGACGGAAAUUGAAAAGAAAACAAUUAAAUCUUAUCUUCAUCAUAUUCUCAUUAAAAAAUCAAAAUGUAGCCAAUUUAAUGUUCAUUUGUUAAUGUUCCAACUGUUUUUUUUUUUAUUGCAUUAUUUUUGUAUGUGUUCAGUUUUUGUUUGAUUUCUAUGUUUAGUGCAAUUAUUUAUUGACUUUUAAGCUUAUAUAUAUAAGAAAAAAAAAACAAAAUUACCAAAAAAAAAAACAACCAUAUAUUGAGUUGCUUGAAACCCCCACGAUUUGUCAUUUCCAUAGAAAGUUACUCGACUCUAAAAUACCUGUACUAUAAAGAGGAAGAUAGAGUAUGGCAAAAUCGAUCUAUUAAUAAUAACACAUAAAUUAUUACUUAAGUUGUUUAUAUACUAAGAUCAACAAAACGUCCUACACAAUUUUCAUAAUCAGCAAAAAGUAUUUACGAGUGCGCAAAACAGAAAGCAGCUUCACAAAAUAAAUAAAUAAAUAACCUUGCUCUACACUCAUGUAGUCCCAAGUCUUUGAAUAUGUAAUUAAGUUUUAUUUGCGCGUAUGCUCAACGCAUAUUUAUUUGUUUAAUCAUUAUUUUAGAUAGUAAUGUUGCAUUUUAAUGCAUUGAAAGUUUAUAUUUACAUAAAAUAAAUCUUAUUAUUUGAUAUUCUAUUAA